AUGAGAGAGAAAUUAAAUAUAUUAUUCAACCUUAAAGCUAUCACCUUUAAGUUUUUCCCAGGUGGUGUUUUAAACAAAUCAAUUAGAUCAUUUAUGCCAUUGACAGCAAAUAGUAGAGUUAAAAAAUUAUCACCAGAUUGUAAAAUUGAAUAUGUAUUGACAGAACAAGAAUGUGAACCUGAAAUCAAAGUUAAAUAUUUUAAUGGAUUUGAACAAUCAAUCUUUACACAGACAAUGGAUCUAAGUGGAAUUAUCGAUACCAUCCAAAUGAAAAAGAAUACAUUGAAAAUUGAAGAUAUUAAAAAGUUACCUGAAAAUGAAACAACUUUGGAAGAAAUCUUAACUCCAGUUACAAAGAAAAAAGAUUCUGGUGCUAAGCAAAACUUGCAAAAUAAAACCAUAACCUCGAUCUUUUUCCAAUAUAUAUUGGAAAUAAUGUAA